AUGCGGCCGGCCCCGGGGCGCGCCCCGCCCCUCCCUCCUCCUUGCCCUCCCAUUGGCCGAGGGGACGCGGCCUCAGCCAAUCAGCGCGCGCCUUCCCCGCCACGCCCUGGCAACAGCGGCGGCCGCCGGCGGGACCGGGAACGGAACCGGGAACGGAACCGGGAACGGAACCGGGAACGGAACCGGGAACGGAACCGGCACGGAACCGGGCACGGAACCGGGAACGGAACCGGGAACGGAACCGGUACGGAACCGGCACGGAACCGGGAACGGAACCGACCGGAACCGGGCACGGAACCGGCACUGAACCGGGAACGGAACCGACCGGAACCGGGCACGGAACCGGGAACGGAACCGGUUCGGGAUGAAGCACCGGAGCCACUUUUUGGGUUUUUGGGCUCCUGGGCGCUGGCAGAGGAGGUCGCCCCUCGAAGCCGUGACUAUAAAAGGCGAGAGGAGGGAGGGAAUAAAAUAAAAAAGGGGCACGAGAAGGAGAAACGGCGCAGGGGAGGCACAAUGCAGGAAGGAAUUUCAGGGAUCUAA